GCCGCACAGACACCGGUGCGCUGGGCCCUGCAGCUCGGCUCCCAGGGUGCCCCUUUCACCUUUGAGGUGGACUGGGACCCGUUUCCGGGACGGAGCUAUAGCCUGGGUCGGGUGAGGCUUAAAUGAACUCAAGGAGCACAAUGGCUACCACAGUCAGAAGACAGAGACAGAGAAGACUACCCUGUUGGGUCUUGAUGGUUGUGCUCUUGGCAGACCUGUUGGCACUGAGCGAUACACUGGCAGUGAUGUCUGUAGAUCUAGGCAGUGAGUCCAUGAAGGUGGCGAUCGUCAAACCUGGAGUGCCCAUGGAAAUUGUCUUGAACAAGGAAUCCCGGAGGAAAACCCCAGUGACUGUGACCCUAAAAGAAAAUGAAAGGUUCUUUGGAGACAGUGCAGCAAGCAUGGCUAUCAAGAAUCCAAAGGCUACACUUCGUUACUUCCAGCACCUCCUGGGGAAGCAGGAGAACAAUCCCCAUGUGGCCCUUUAUAGAGCUCGUUUUCCAGAGCAUGAGCUAGCCUUUGACCCACAGAGGCAGACUGUGCGCUUCCAAAUCAGCCCGCAGCUGCACUUCUCUCCUGAGGAAGUACUGGGCAUGGUUCUCAAUUACUCCCGUUCCCUGGCUGAGGAUUUUGCAGAGCAGCCCAUCAAGGAUGCCGUGAUCACUGUGCCAGCCUUCUUCAAUCAGGCUGAGCGCCGGGCCGUGCUGCAGGCUGCUCGCAUGGCAGGUCUCAAAGUGCUACAGCUUAUCAAUGACAACACUGCUACUGCCCUCAGCUAUGGGGUCUUCCGCCGGAAGGAUAUCAACACCACUGCCCAGAAUGUCAUGUUUUACGACAUGGGCUCAGGCAGCACUGUGUGCACCAUCGUGACCUACCAGACAGUGAAGACUAAAGAAGCAGGGAUGCAGCCCCAGUUGCAAAUCCGGGGAGUGGGCUUUGACCGCACCCUGGGAGGCCUGGAGAUGGAGCUCAGGCUUCGGGAGCACCUGGCCAAGCUUUUCAAUGAGCAGCGCAAGGGCCAGAGUACCAAGGAUGUGCGGGAGAACCCCCGGGCCAUGGCUAAACUGCUGCGGGAGGCUAAUCGCCUCAAGACUGUCCUGAGUGCCAAUGCUGAUCACAUGGCACAGAUUGAAGGCCUCAUGGACGAUGUGGACUUUAAGGCCAAAGUGACUCGAGCAGAGUUUGAGGAACUGUGUGCUGACCUGUUUGAGCGAGUGCCUGGUCCUGUGCAGCAGGCCCUGCAGAGUGCUGAAAUGAGUCUGGAUGAGAUUGAACAGGUGAUCCUGGUGGGCGGGGCCACUCGGGUCCCCAGAGUUCAAGAGGUGCUGCUGAAGGCCGUGGGCAAGGAGGAGCUCGGCAAGAACAUCAACGCAGAUGAAGCAGCUGCCAUGGGUGCUGUAUACCAGGCAGCCGCACUCAGCAAGGCCUUCAAAGUGAAGCCUUUUGUAGUCCGAGAUGCGGUUAUCUACCCCAUCCUGGUGGAAUUCAUCAGGGAGGUAGAGGAGGACCCCGGGGUACGCAACCUGAAGCACAAUAAGCGUGUCCUCUUCUCCCGGAUGGGGCCUUACCCUCAACGCAAAGUCAUCACCUUUAACCGCUAUAGCCAUGACUUCAACUUCCACAUCAACUACGGUGACCUGGGCUUCCUGGGGCCUGAGGACCUUCGGGUAUUUGGCUCCCAGAAUCUGACCACAGUGAACCUAAAAGGUGUGGGCGAGAGCUUCAAGAAGUAUCCCAACUAUGAGUCCAAGGGCAUCAAGGCUCAUUUCAACUUGGAUGAGAGUGGUGUGCUCAGCCUGGACCGGGUGGAAUCUGUUUUUGAGACACUGGUGGAGGACAGCCCAGAAGAGGAAUCUACUCUGACCAAACUUGGCAACACCAUCUCCAGUCUGUUUGGAGGAGGGACCACACCAGAUUCUAAAGAGAAUGGUACAGAUACUGUACAGGAGGAAGAGGAGAGUCCUGCAGAGGGGGCCAAAGAUGAAACUGGAGAGCAGGCAGAGCUGCGGGAGGAAUCUGAGACCCCAUCGGAAGAUAGCUCUCUGCCUCCACCCCCUGAGCCAAAGGUGGAUGAAGCUCCUCAGGGAGAAAAGGCUGAAGCAAAGGAAAGUGGGGAGAAGUCUGAGGCACAGUCUCAGAAGCCAAGUGAAAAAGGAGAGACAGGAGCUGAGAGUGCCCCCUUGACCCCAGAGGAAGCAAAGAAGCAGAAGCCUGCCCGGAAGCAGAGAAUGGUGGAGGAGAUUGGUGUGGAGAUGGUUGUUCUAGACCUGCCUGACCUGCCGGAGGAUGAGCUGGCCCAUUCGGCACAGAGACUUCAGGACUUGACUAUCCGAGAUCUAGAGAAGCAAGAACGUGAGAAAGCUGCUAACAGCUUGGAAGCCUUCAUCUUUGAGACCCAGGACAAGCUGUACCAGUCUGAGUACCAGGAAGUGUCCACUGAAGCGCAGAGGGAAGAAAUCUCUGGGAAACUUAGCUCUGCUUCCACCUGGCUAGAGGAUGAGGGCUUCGACGCCACCACAGUGAUGUUGAAGGAGAAGCUGGCAGAGCUGAGGAAGCUGUGCCAAGGGUUAUUUUUUCGGGUGGAAGAACGCAAGAAAUGGCCUGAAAGACUAUCUGCUCUGGAUAAUCUCCUCAAUCAUUCCAGCAUGUUCCUCAAGGGUGCCCGGCUCAUCCCAGAGAUGGACCAGAUCUUCACUGAAGUGGAAAUGACAACAUUAGAGAAAAUCAUCAAUGAGACCUGGGCCUGGAAGAAUGCAACCGUAGCGGAGCAGUCCAAGCUACCUGCCACAGAGAAGCCUGUGCUGCUCUCAAAGGACAUUGAGGCCAAGAUGAUGGCCCUGGACCGUGAAGUACAGUAUCUGCUUAAUAAGGCCAAGUUCGCCAAACCCCGGCCCCGGCCCAAGGACAAGAAUGGGACCCGGACAGAGCCUCCCGUCAAUGCCAGUGACCAGGGGGAGAAGGUCAUCCCUCCAACAGGCCAGACUGAAGAUGCAAAGCCCAUUUUGGAACCCGAGAAAGAGUCUGCAGAAUCUGAAGUAGCAGAUGCUGAACCUCUGGAGUUAGGAGGCCCUGGAGUAGGUGAAGCAGAAACUGAACAGAAGGAGCAGCCAACAGGACAGAAGAAAACCUUGAAGAAUGAUGAACUAUAACCCUUGCCUCCUGUUUCCCAACUCAGUCCCACCCCCUUCUCCUACCACCUCUAUUUAUUAAACAUCGAGGGUUAGGGGAGGAGAGUAGUCCUGCCUGCAGAGGCUUAAGUUCCUUUUUUUUCACCUGUGCUUGCAGGUGAGAAGAAGGGGGGAAGGAAGGAACAGGUCACCAUUCCUCUGGUAUAGUUCUGUGGCUAAAACUGAAAUUGUUCUGUUCCCUAAUCCCACUCCCAACCCCCAGCUCCCUACCUAUCCAGGCCCUAAUCUGGGAAAAAUCACUAUGAUGUCUUAAUUCUCUGCCUGUGGAUAGGUGAGAGAAUGCCCAUCAAUGGUUGACAAACCUGGAAGUAGGGAGGAUUUUCUGGGAUAUAGAGCAUCUCCAGUCUUCUUUGGCCAUCAUUCCUCUCCUUCCCUCUUCCCCCAGGAAAUCACUGUCACACAGGGGCCAGUGUCUAUAGAAACUUAGUACCGGGUUUGGUUGCUGAGUGUGUGCCUAUCUAUGUAUUUUUUUUUUUUAAUGUAUUUUCUUUUUUUUUUUUCCUUCACUUUUUUUCUCCCUCCAAUAUCUUCUCUUUCCUGAAACCCUCCCCUGCCACCCCAACCAGACUCCUUUCCUGUGACUUCCCAUGUUGUAUUGGAUUGGUUUCUGCCUCUUGCCCAAAGCCCAUCAGGGCUGGCUGAAUUCAGUCUAGAUUGGGUCCCAUGAGUCCCACCCAUAAGCACAGUCCCUAGUUAGUAGAGCAAUCAGCAAGAAAAUAUUUGGGGUAAAAUGUAUGAAAACCCUCGUGUGGAUUCUAGGCUCAAGAAAGCCACAGAGUGGUUCCUGUGGGGUGCCAGCAGUCUGUCCUGCUAACACUGUCCAACUCUACAUAUUCACAGUAACCAGGUACCCUAUGGCCCUUUGAUUUACCUACCCCUUGCUUUCUGCCCUCCAGGACAGAGCCUUCCCUUAUGUCACCCCACCCUCCCUCCUGGGAUGACCAAAAUGUGCUUUCUACUGUGAGUCCCUAGCUAAAGACCCUGGGGGAAGGAGAGACCAUAGUAUGAAUGUAACAAUGCCACCUCACUCUAUUUGAGGCAGACCUUGUGGGUGAAAGGAGGGUUCAGUUUGGCCUUCCUGUUACACACCUUUGCUAUGGUAGGGGGACCUUCUGCCCUUUGCCUCCUAUUCCCAGACGUGAGGGCCUCUAGUAUUUCACCUACAGCUGAGCCAGGGCUGCCACCCAUCUCGUGAGGUAAGGGGAAGCCCUGGUUAUGUCUACUUUUUUCCCCACUCUCUUGCUCACUCUCAUUCUCAUUUCUUUUUCCUUUUUUUUUUUUUUUUUUUUUGCCACAUUGGCAGAAAUGAAACUGAAGGUCAUCCCCUUCUGUGGGUUUGAGUUCUUUCACUAGCAGUUAAGGUUGGUUGGACAGGUUUGAGUCAGAGUGUACUUUUCUCCAUUGUUAAUUGAGAAACUGUUUCAAAUAAAAUAUUCUUUUCUAUA